AUUCAUUAGUAUUGCUGAUUAGUCAACCCCCAGGAGCUUUUCUCUAUAUAAAGGCUCUCAAUUCCAGAGGCCAGACUCUUGACUCGAGCACCAGCUCGAAUCUCACCCACUAUUCUCUGAUCAGCCACAUCUGACUACAUUCACAAUGGUCCGCACACUUGCUGCCUUCGUUGCGUUACUCUCUGUAGCCGCAGCUGCGGUUGCAAGCAACGGUGACGACAACAGCGGACAACCUGAUAUCUUCGCCCGCCAAAGUAUACCCGCUCCAUCUGGGUGCAAGUGGUUUGGCACUGCACCAUGGUGUGAUGGUGAUUGCGAAGCGCCAUACACUUACAGUUGCUAUCGCCAUAAGUGCGGCGAUGGAGCUUGUUGUGUUCUUUCGGGUUGGAAAAGACUGUGCUGCAGACCCGAGGCUGUAUCUGGAGCUGGCUGUUUCUGAGUCCCUAGCCCCAGUGAACAACGGGGCUCAUCUCAAAUGGUGCGCCGGAUGUAUCAUGGAUGACUAUUCUCAUAUCCAUUUGAUAUCCCCGUCACAACCAGAGCAAGACACGUCCUGCAGAUUCAGACACUUCACAUUGAAUCACCGCUACCUGUACCGUAGCUGUAACCGGUUGGAUCAAUGAAUACAGGAGCCUCCACGUUCUGGCUUGCCUGGCGGGUGAUCAGUCCACCUUGCUCUUGAAGAGUCAGAAG